AUGGACGUGCCGUCCAGUAACUCGUCAUCUUCUUCUGUCCCUCCUACGACCACUCGUGGAAUGGAAGCGGGAAACCCUCCAUCGCCGCCACCACCACCCUCAAACGACAUCGACGAUAUCGACGACACUUCUUCACGACCCAUAAAACUCCACAUCCCACGACACUACUACCUCCUCCCAACGACCACUUCCCUAACAGGUCUAACCCUAGGCUUCCUCCGCUCAGCUCGCAAAACGUCCUUCCAAUACCUAGUCGAACAUGCUCACAAUCCACCCAGGACGGUUCAAGGGUGGUACUUUUAUCACAAGCGGAAGAAUUAUAAAGUGAUGUGGGAAGGGAUGAAAGGAGGGAUGAAGGAAAGUGGUAGGUUUGGGGUUGGAGGUGUUUGGUGGGUUUUGAUGGAGGAAGGGAUGGAGAGGGUUGGAUUGGGGGAAGGGAAGGAGGUUGUGGGUGGGUUGGGGAUGGGCGGAUUGGCGGCUGUUGUUUGUAAGUCGUUAUUACUAUUACUAUUAUUGUUUUCCCCUCUUUUCCGGUUUACCGGAGGGAUUAAUAAGGGUGCCGGGGGGUUAUAUUAUGAUUUUGUAGACCGGCUUCCGAGGAGGGCGGCGAUGCAAGUUUUGAUGUUAGGCGGGUUGGGAGGGGGAUUGAUGAAGAUGUUACGUUUGGCUCAGGGGAAGAUUGGAGGACAUGGUGAUGGACCGCCUUAUCAAUCACAGAUCUCGGUGAUUACAAAGCGCACUAUGUAGUAGAAUGUUAUCGUAAUCGAAUCCGGGUCUCUUCACCUC